AUGGCAGACAGCCCGUCAUCAGCAAAGAAGAGUACGAAAACACACGAUCUAUCGCCUAUUCAGGUCUCUUUUACUCUUCCGAAUCCCCAAUCUCUGCAAAAUCACGAUGAAAAUGAACGUCUUGCGGUGGAAUAUGAAAAGAUUGAAAUGGAUCGUGUACGUCUCGAAAUGGAAAAGGAAAACCACCUUAUGAAAAAGGAAAAACAUCGGAUAAAACAGAAACUUCGACAGGCAAAACUACAGAAACUACGGGCAGAGACGGCACUUGUAAAGGCAUCAGUAGCAUCAACUAAACUCAGUACAUUUGAACGAUUAGCAAAACUUGGAUUGCCACAUGAAAGAGUAUUAAAUAUUUACGAUACAUUCGAAGCAGUUGAGGACGAGGAGACGUAA